AUGGAUCCGUAUGUAUCUCCUUAUGCAUCUGUUGUUCCACGAAUUCUUCCAAAUCAAUAUUCAUCCAAGAAAAUUCCAAUGAUCGACGAAGGACAUCAAUAUGCUGAUAAUUAUCCCCCGAGUCGUUACGUAAGUCCAACAACAAUACAAAGUCGUUCAAUGAAUUUUCCACCAUUAUCAACAAGAGCACAAAUAAUGAAUAAUGAAAUGAAUCAUCAAGAAAUUCCUAUGUCGAAUCAAUCAAUUGUCUCAAAUAGCAUUGAUAAUUCAUUAAAUGGACGAACAAAAAAUCGUAUGUAUCAUGAACCACUGAAAGAUAAUAGUGGAGAUAUUAUUCCAAGAAAUUCAUAUUCAGCCCAUGGUUAUCCAUCUAAUUAUGAUAAUGGCUUAUAUGAAAUUUUCAGGAAAAAUUCAAAUGAUGAUAAUAAAAGAGACAGAGCAUGUCCAACUGGAUUAUUUAUUAUAAUUGUAAUCAUAAUUGGAUUGUUUUCUUUAACAGCAUUGGCAAUUAGUAUUUAUUUACUGGUGAGAAUCUCAACGAUGUAA